AUGUCUAGAUUUUUUGUGAUACUCGCUCUCCUGGCCGCCUCCGUUCUUCUGAUCGACGCAUACGUGAGUGGGCGCGGCUUCUGGGCACUCGGAAGACGUGAAAACGGUUGCAGAAAGUGCCGACCGACGUGGCGACGCAGUUGAAGUUGAAGAAGAGGGGACAGGCGUGCAUGAAGCGGAUUCUGCCGAAGAGUCCGACGGCGACGGCGCUCGAAAGGGAACUCGCGGUGGGUCACUCUUGUGCCGUCUUCUGAAUUCGCGUUCAGGUUUGCUUCAAAGUCGACUGCGCACUGGCGAUAAUUCCGAAGGUCGAGGCGCAGUUCCCUAGAGAAUUCCCGGUUUUGAAAGGAUGCAUGGGCUACUGA